CAAGAACUAUACAGAAUGAUACUACGAACAUCCAUCGAGAACAACAGGUUGGAACAAUAAAUUAUAUGUCACCAGAAGCUAUUCAGGAUUUAAAUGCUAAUAAUCAAUCUGAGGAAAAAAAAUUAAUAAAAUUGGGACGUGCAAGUGACGUUUGGUCUUUAGGCUGCAUCCUUUAUCAACUAGUUUAUGGUCGUACUCCAUUUGCCCAUUUAAAUAUGUAUCAAAAGUUCAAAUGUAUUCCUGAUCCAGACUAUCAUAUCGAGUUUCCUCCGACAUCCAGUCUGAUAUAUAAUGGUAAUCAAGCACUUUUAACUGAUGAAAACAAUCCAAACCAAGAAAUUCCGGUCGAUGAAAAUUUGCUAAGAAUCAUGAAAAGUUGUUUACAAAGAAAUCCUAAAGAUCGAGCUACAAUUCCAGAAUUAUUGUCUGAUCCUUUUCUUUGUGGGCCAUAUGUACGAGUAUCAGAACAAAUAUUAAAUAAUUUGAUCCGUGAAAUAAUUAAGUAUACCAAAAAGGCUAAUAUUGCUAAUGACUCACAUGAACAAAUAACUAUGAUCGCGAAG